GCUCUGCUGCCUUUAGUAGCGCCGCUCCUGCCGCAGAAAGCCGGAUGGGAGAAUCACGAUGGACGUGCAAGUCGCGCCGCUGAGAUCAUGGGACGACUUCAUCCCGGGCCACGACCGCUUCGCCCUGCCGGAUUUCAAAGAUAUCUCCAAAUGGAACAACCGGGUGGUCAGCAACCUGCUCUAUUACCAGACCAAUUACCUCGUGGUGGCUGCCGCGGUGUUUUCCAUCGUGGGAUUUCUGAAUCCCCUGAAAAUGCUGCUUGGCAUCUUGGUGGUGAUCCUGGUCUUCACAGCAUUCGUGUGCGCAUCCCACAAAAAAGACUUCAUUUGCAAGUUUAAGAAGCACUACCCUGCUGCUUUUGUCAUGGCAGUUAUGUUGCUGAGCUACAUCCUGAUAUCCUUUUUCGGAGGCGUCUUGGUGUUUCUGUUUGGCAUCACGUUUCCUUUGUUCUUGAUGUUUCUUCAUGCAUCUUUGAGGCUUCGAAAUUUAAAGAACAAGAUGGAGAACAAGAUAGAAAGCAUUGGCUUAAAGAAGACUCCCAUGGGCAUUAUCCUGGAUCUUCUUGAACAGCAGGAGGAGACCAUUUCCAAGCUAGCCGAUUACCUGGCUAAAGCAAAGGAUUAAACAUGCAGCUUGCAUGUUGGGGAAUGUGUUCAUUUUGUCCACCUCAUUUCUCAGUCUGUGAGCGGAAAUCGAUGCAGACUGCAAGAGUGAAGGAUGGCAAAAUAAAACACCCCAAUUCAUGUGGGUUCCCUCAGCACAGGGUGGUAAUAUCCCAUUUAUGUCAAAAGUGUCUGAGAUACAAAUGCAUUGGGUAAUUUAUGGCACUCACUCCUGUGUGGAAAUGUAGACUUCACUUCUUUCAGAUUCUUUGAUCUCUGUGUUAAGUAUUUUCCAAACUCCAUAUUUUACGGCAAUUCUAAAUGCACAGUAUUCUUUUUACCUUUAAGCAACAUAACUGUGUGCUACUGCACAUAUCCAAACUAUUGUUUUUGAGUGCAAAAUUAAAUCUAAUUUAUGUAUAUCCUGAUACACCUUUUGAAUGGGAUGUGGUUUCCCUAUGGAGAAAUAGAGACCUGCAAUUAUAGAAAUAUGAUAUGCCCAUUUUGUUGUGGGAUAUUUGAAUCUGCUCCUAUUUAGCAGCUGAUUCCUUUUUUCCCCCUGCAUGAGUUGUAAGCUUGCAUAGAUAACAUCUAGCCAAUAACAUUCCUUCUUUGUUCUUUCUGUAUGCAUAUGAAGAAUGUGGGGCAGAUUUUGUUACAAGGGGGACAUGAUUUUCUGUGUAUGCCCACAUACAGAUAUACAUGCUUUAGUAAUAAUAUUUAGUCAUUAUCAGGCUUGAGAUCUGCCAUUACAUAGAAUUAUGAAUCUUAUUGAGUGUAUGACUGGAAAAGCAAAUCUUAGUAUUUGUUAAUAUCUCAUAAUGACACUUAAUUUAAAUUUUGUGCAAGAAAAAUAAAUAAUAUUUAAAAUACUGCAAACUUCUUACUUUCCUUUUCUGUUCCACUUACAUGCAACAUUAUUUAUGCUGCAAAUAGCAGCUUGGAAGAAAAACUCAUCCAAUUCUCUGUUUACGAGACUGAUAUUAACUAAUGUUAGCUCUGUAACUCUCUUUCCCUAGCUCUUCCUUCUGGAACGGGAACUAAAAUAGUAACAUUUUAUUUAUUACAUGCUGACUGUAAACUUAUUUAUAAAAUGCAACAAAUUAUUUGGUGGAGAAUAUGUGUGUGUUUUCCAGCAUUAAAAGACUAGCGACC